UCCCACCUCUCACGAGAUCCAUCAUCCUUCAUGCGCGCUCACCACUUUUUCACCAUCCUGUCAACAUGGUUUAUAGGAAGUACUCUCAGCUUUCGACACGGAAAAUGGUGUUUUGACGCUUGUGAGCUCGAUCUCAAUUAUGCUGAAUUCAAUGAUACCAACUUGGCGCUCGGGUCACACAAAACGAGAGCCUGCCAGAGCCGGCUACGCUCGGAUUCUCUCUACCUUUGCGCGAGGGAGUACUGUGAGGAAGAUGGGCUGAAAGAUUGGGUGAUUCAGGCGAACGAAACAUGUCUGCAAAUUGCGAAUGCGUCGAUGCCAGCCUACGAUGAUGUAAUGAGGAGGUAUCCAUCGAAAGAUACGCAAACAAUCAGAAGGCUCAGUGCAGACGAAGCUCUCACUUUUCCGAUAUUAGGAGAAGUCGUUAUACCUGAGCAUUCGCUCCACGAGCGCGCAUUCACGACUUUGGAAGCAGCAUACUACGAGUACGACGUCCAUCUGACAUAUGGGUGGUUCAUGUUCUACUUUUGGGCAGCAGUAGUCACUAUCGGAAUCUCGAGUCGUCUCGCCGUUCGUGUAGCAGCCUUGCGAACAGAGGGUUCACAUCUUUCCUCCCCGGAUCUUCACGAGACUUUCCCUCCUGCAUUAUCACGUAGAAGAGGUGCAACCAGCAAAAUCCAAGCCCACCUAAAACGCCACAUUAGUAUUCCCGCAACCUUCAAUAACCGUUGUUCAGAACCGAUCGGCUGGUGUACCAUGCCUUCGCGCGUCCAAACCUUGACUAUAUUAUCUUUUGUGUUGCUCAAUAUAGGUCUUUGCAUGAUCGACUAUCGCACAACGGAUGGAAAUCUUUUUUGGCCGCAAAAGCGAGGUCAGAUGUGGCGAUUUGUAUCUGAUCGAACUGGAAUCAUAUCGUUUGCAAACUUCCCGCUGAUAUGGUUAUUUGGCAUGCGAAACAAUGUACUCCUAUGGAUUACUGGCUGGGGCUAUGGAACAUACAACAACUUCCAUCGUUGGGUGGCUAGAGUAAGUACAGUUCAAGCGGUAGUCCACUCAAUCGGAUAUACAGUUAUGACAUACGAACGCGGCGGAUGGACAUCAUUUCUCAAGAGCCUGAGCAAGCAUUAUUUCUGGAACGGGGAGCUCGCAACCAUCGCCAUGUGUGCACUCCUGAUCUUCUCCGUCUAUGGCCUGCGCCGUGGUCAUUACGAAAUAUUUCUAACAUUGCACAUCGUGCUGUCUGUGCUGGUACUCGUUACGAUGUACUAUCAUGUCGCCAUCUUCCCCAAUGGUGAAUGGAACAUCUUCAUAUAUCCGUGUGUCGCCAUUUGGCUCAUUGAUCGACUUUUUCGUGCCCUCAAAAUCUUUGCAUUCGAUCCAUACUUUUGGAGAACUAGAGCCGUUGCAUCUUUCGAUACCAAUUCCAAUCUGGUCAAGAUGGAGGUCCCAUGCGAGCGUGCCUUCUCGAAAGCAAAACCGGGAACUUACUACUACAUAUACGUACUCGAGGCCAGGAACUUGAUCUAUGCACAUCAAAAUCAUCCAUUCACAGUAGCGUAUAUCAAUCCGGGAUCUAGAUCCAACAAUACUAGCGACAGCGAUGGUACUCGCUCGCUGUUGAGACCGAAUCUUCGGCGGACUGGCUCGACUGAAUCGGACUCUUUGCUUCUACAAGACGAAAAUUCUGUUCCUUCGUUGGUUUUCCUGAUACGGCCCUACGACGGAUUUACAUCUCGCCUUGCACAAACAACGUCGCUUGGUCCGAAGAAUUUGCGCGUACUAAUUGAGGGCCCAUACGGGCACAGUGUUGCGCUACACGAAUAUCCCAAUAUUUUGUUUAUUGUUGGCGGCACUGGUAUAGCAGUCCCACUAUCGCAUCUACGUGCGAUGCUAUCUACAAGUUCUAGUGUGAUCAGCAUUCGCCUUGUAUGGGCGGUACGCGAGCACGCGUUCCUGUCGUCUGUGAUCCGGGAUUUCGGCUUCUUGUUCGAGGAUGAACGUUUACAAGUGGAGGUACACAUAACGAAAGAUGAAGAAAGCAAAGAUGACCUGCUGAUGGACGUAUUGAAGAAUGUAGAGGUACAGGUCGGAAGGCCAGAUGUAUACCAAGUCAUACAAGAAGCUGCACGAGAAGGAGGGCAGGAGGGUCUAGCGAUCGUAGCUUGUGGCCCAGGACAAAUGGCGGAUCAAGCAAGACAAAGUAGUGUUAACAUGCUUGCGAAAGGAUAUAAAGGAGUCGAGUACUUUGAGGAAAGCUUCAAGUGGUAA